UUUUUCUUAGCGCUUAAGUUUGAUUCUGUUAAAAUCUAUGAACUUGGUUUUAAAUAUGAAUUUACUAAGUGCAGUUAUAGUGUUCAGCUUAACCAUAAGUUGUCUGGCGCACUCUAGUUCAAACGUUCAGAGGAAAAAUUAUGAGUCGUACAGAAAAUGCUGUCUCGAGAACAUGCAUUACUGCAGUGGAACCCCUGCUACUCUAAGGUCGCCAUCAUGGCCUUGCUUCGUUCCACGAAGCCAGGUCUGUGAUGGCUCAUCGCAGUGCAGAAAUGGCGACGAUGAAAUGAACUGCAUAAACUGCCCAGCACCUCCCACGGUAAUGUUUGGCUCUACAACCUCAACGACAUCAUCGAGGCGACCUGUCGGUACCAGGGUUACCUAUACCUGCAUAUCCGGAUACGCCAUCGUUGGAAAUGCUGACGUCGUAUGUAUGACAAGCGGACAAUGGUCGCAACCUCCGACGUGUGUAAAGGCGUGUACCAACCUUCCAACCAUAGUGAAUGGUGAGGUGACGCCAACUCCCCGUCCGCUCCUCGUUGGUGACGUACUUCCGUUCACGUGCAAUGCCGGUUACGUGCCUAGGAUGGCGAACUCCAUCACGUGUCUGACUUCCGGUGCUUUCAGUGGCACACCCGUUUGUGACAGACUAUGUGACACGACCAUCCCGAUUGUUGCCAACGCAAAUCCGCUCAACUCGAACACACCUCGCACCAGUGGGGACAUGGUGACUUAUCAGUGUGCGACUGGCUUCGGUCCGUUCCCGUGCACAAACAACAAGAUCACGUGCGAUGCUAAUGGUAUGUGGACUGGCAAUCCACAAUGUUUAAGAGUGUGCGGACCUGUCAGUGUGCCCUUUGCAACGGCAGUAUUCAACCCUGGGCAAACCUCCGACCAUCAGACUGUGGUCCGUUUUGAGUGUUGGGACGACUUUGUUCCCUCUAUCACCGGAAACCCGAUCAUUGAGAGGAGAUGUGUCGACGGAACAUGGCAACCUGAUAACGCUGUCAUGUGCCUACCAAAGAACUGUGAAGCCAUUCGCCAGAUGAUGCCAAAUGCUGCCAGUGGGACGUACUCGGUUAGCAACCCAGUAACGCUAGCCUCAGUAAACAUUUUCUGUGACUUUGAGCAAGUCAGUGGCUGUGCAGUUGCAUAUAUAAAACCCGAUUCCAUCGCCAACGCCGCGGAAAGUAUACCAGAACUGUUCCAGGUCAACGAUGUUGCAUACAUUCGCAACCGCCUAGUGGAGGGAACGCAGAGUGUCGCAGAAGUUCGUCAAAUUAAUGCCUUCUCUAGCGUACCCCUGUCGGUGCAAGUAACCGCAAGUACUGGUUAUACUACCCCAGUUGAUUCCGCCUUAGACCCAUACCUCUAUCUCGGUUUUGUACCAGCAGCACAGGUCACGACUAAUGUGAUUCAGGGGUACAGGGCAGGCAAGUACAGCGGCGACACCGGUUACGGCUGA